CGCGCGGCGAGGAUUUAGGAGGCGGCAGCGGCGGUGGCCUCUGGGUGAGAAUUUGCCCUGCUGGGCAUUGGGGGGCGUGGGCGAGGCUGCUCUCGCGGUCUUUGCUCGAGAUGACACUGUACAAUGAGUUGUAGCUGCUGUGAUCGAUGCCAGUGGAAGCACAGUUCUUUGCAUGGCUUUGGCACUCUCUUGGGCAAGAGAGGCUUGACUGUCUGAAUUAGGAGCUUAAGUGGAGUCAACAGAGAAUGGAAACACUCCCUUGGCAAUGUCUCUGGGAAGACUCCUCCGCCGUGCCUCUUCGAAAGCAUCGGACCUCCUGACCUUAAAUGCCAGCAGCAGCAGCAGCGGUGGCGGUGGCUCGUCUUCCGUCUUGGAUGGGGAGAUUAUCUACUCCAAGAACAAUGUCUGCGUCCACCCACCUGAGAUGCUGCAAGGCAUCGUGGAGCAUCACCCAGGCUAUUUGUGCCUGUACAUGGAGAAAGAUGAGCUGCUUGGAACCACGCUUAUCUUGGCCUGGGUCCCAAAUUCCCGAAUUCAGAGACAGGACGAGGAGGCCCUCCGCUACAUUACACCAGAGAGCUCCCCGGUCCGCAAGGCCCCCCGCAAGCGUAACCGCCAUACUCAGGGUUUUGGCGCCACUAUGCAGGCUUCCCCCUCUGAGCAGAAGCGAGGUGUGACCCCAAAGGAUGAAGAAGAUGUUCUGACCGUGUCGCAGCUGGUUAGGGAUGUGGCUCACGUCAGCUGCCCUUCAGAAGAAGGGGAGAAGCUGUCCCAGGGUUGCUUGGCAACGGACAGCAGCCACAGCUCAGCUCAGCCUGCCCACAGUGACUCAGGUAUCUUAUCGACAAUCAGUUCUCUGGAGGAGCACAACCGGUUGGAGGAGUCAGUGGAAGAAGGGCUGGAGAGCCACCUGGAGACUGGAGAGGAGGACGAAGGCUCUUUGGAGUUGUCUGCCGAUGAUGUCAGCAGAGACAGCACAUUUGACUCGGACUCUGAUGCCUUCUCUUCUCCAUUCUGCCUCUCACCCAUCAGUGAAGCCCUGGUGGAGAAUGUUGGCUCCAUGUUCCUGGUUAAUGAAAACAGCGAACCGUGCGAAAGCCACAUGACUCGCUCAGCCAGCUCCAACUCAAGCCUUGAUCCCAACUCCCAGUUCCAGGAGAAUAAUGUUCAAGUACAGACCUCCCGGUGGGAUGAGCAGCAGAAAGUGUUUGCCUUGGAACAGAUCUGUGGUGUCUUCAGAGUCGACCUGGGACAGAUGCGGUCUCUUCGCCUGUUUUUCAGUGAUGAGGCAUGCACCAGUGGGCAGCUGGUUGUUGCUAGCAGGGAAAGUCAGUACAAGAUUUUCCACUUUCACCAUGGUGGCCUGGAUAAACUUUCUGAAGUGUUUCAGCAAUGGAAAUACUGCACAGAGACCCAUCUCAAAGACCAGCAGCUCACUGACGUGAAGACCUGCAUGCAGUUCUCCAUCCGAAGGCCCAAGCUGCCCUCCUCGGAGACCCAUCCAGAGGAGAACGCUUACAAGCGUCUGGACGUCUCUGCGUGGCUCCAUCAUCUAAAUGAGGCUGGGCAGGUGGAAGAAGAGUACAAGCUGAGGAAGGCUAUUUUCUUUGGUGGGAUCGAUGUCUCCAUCCGUGGUGAGGUCUGGCCUUUCUUGUUGCGCUACUACAGCUAUGAAUCCACUUCAGAGGAGAGGGAGGCACUCCGAGUUCAGAAGAGAGAGGAAUACUUUGAGAUCCAGCAGAAAAGGCUCUCCCUGACGCCGGAGGAGCAGAAGGCAUUCUGGCGGAAUGUGCAGUUCACGGUCGACAAAGAUGUGGUGAGGACGGACCGCAGUAACCAGUUUUUCCGAGGAGAGAACAACCCCAACGUGGAAACAAUGAGGCGGAUCUUGCUGAACUAUGCAGUUUACAACCCUACCAUUGGCUACUCCCAGGGGAUGUCUGACCUUGUUGCCCCGCUUCUCGCGGAGGUCCUGGAUGAAUCGGAUACAUUCUGGUGCUUUGUGGGUUUGAUGCAGAACACGAUCUUCAUCAGUUCCCCUCGUGAUGAGGAUAUGGAGAAACAACUGAUGUACCUGCGAGAGCUGCUGCGGCUGAUGCAUGUGCGCUUCUACCACCACCUGGUGUCCCUUGGGGAGGAUGGCCUUCAGAUGCUCUUCUGCCACCGCUGGAUCCUCCUCUGCUUUAAGCGUGAGUUUCCCGAUGCUGAGGCUCUGCGUAUAUGGGAAGCCUGCUGGGCUCACUACCAGACAGACUAUUUCCACCUCUUCAUCUGUGUGGCUAUUGUGGUGAUCUAUGGAGACGAUGUCAUCGAACAGCAAUUGGCCACUGACCAGAUGCUUCUGCACUUUGGGAACCUGGCCAUGCACAUGAAUGGGGAGCUCAUACUCAGGAAGGCUAGAAGUUUGCUUUAUCAGUUCCGCCUGCUGCCUCGGAUCCCUUGCGGUCUGCAUGACCUGUGCAAACUCUGCGGGACGGGAAUGUGGGACAGUGGCUACAUCCCCGCUGUGGAGUGUACGGGGAACCACCCAGACUCGGAUAGCUGCCCUUAUGGAGGCAUGGUGGAUGAACCUUCUCCCAAGCCAGGGAAUGAAAGCAGGAGAGGACUGAAAACACGGGAGGUCUUUGCUUUCCGGAAAUGACAGCUUCCUGGGGCUUGGGUGCCCAAAGACUGGAAGAGAAAUGGAAGCGAAACAACUAGGCGCAGUUGAGACGCACUCUCAGCAGACAUCAACAGGUUGACAACAGGAGGCGGAUGCUUCUCCUCAAUGUCCCAGAGGAGAUGGAUGAGUGGAUGGGAGAAGGAAGGAGAUGGCACCGAGUGGAAGAGUCUCCCUUAUGGUCAAAGCAGGAUCUUGAUGUGUGUCCUAUAUACCUGGAAGGGCAUUGCUCUGACUGUCCCAACUUUUGUUGUUGUUGUUGUUGCAUUACAGUUUGGAACAUUUUGAAGGGAGUGCACAAGGCUGAGCCUGGUGAAUCAGGAGUUCCAAGGGGCAAAAGGAUUCCCCCUCCUAAAACACACACACACACACACACACACACACACACACACACUGCUGCCAUAGGGGAAUGUAGAUGGCUUAAGACAAUGAGUCCACAACCAGCAACGCAGUAGAUGGAGGGGCAAUGCUACUCCGACCCCUCCAUCCCAAAUUCACCCACGCACCUGUGCACGCCCGUGUUGCUUUAACCAAAACACCAUGGCUCUCUGGCUUCUGCAUAAAGCCACGAUGAUCACUUGGAAUAUAGUCUGCCAAAAACGAAAACAAUAAAAUUACAAGCUUUUGGGGUUCCCCAGGGAAAUAAUCACAGUAUGUGUGUAUGUAUCCAAAGCUUGAUCACCAUAUUUUACAAAGCGCUUUAUUUUUAUUCUUUUCAUAUAUACACGACUUGUUUGCUGUACGUCAAAAAUCAAAUUUUUGCAGUUGACGGAAGUUGCAAUCCUCAAGUUCACUGUGAGUAUAAUAAAUUAUGCAAAAUCA